AUGUCUUCCGGGGCCAGCGUGAGCGCCCUGCAGCGCCUGGUGGAGCAGCUCAAGCUGGAGGCGGGCGUGGAGCGGAUCAAGGUCUCUCAGGCUGCUGCAGAGCUUCAGCAGUACUGCAUGCAGAACGCCUGCAAGGAUGCUCUGCUGGUCGGUGUUCCAGCUGGAAGCAACCCCUUCCGAGAGCCCAGGUCCUGCGCUUUACUCUGAAGACCAGUAAGAAGUUUGUUGAGGAAUGCCUUCAAGCAGAAAGUAAUGAAUGACUGACUCCAAGUCUCAAGAAAACACUUAUUUAGCCAAAUGACUGAGAUA